AUGACCGACUCAAAACCGUACUUUCAAGUGCCAAAAUUGGCCUCGGGGCCACAAUGGCCAGCAAGUUCCAAAUAUUUUGUCCCUGGUAUGGUGGACAUUGGACGUGUGAAGCGCCUUCUGACGAACGAUACCCGGUACCCGUCCAGUGGAGAAGAGGAUUUGUCAGGUCUCUGGUUUGCCACAGAUGGCACGGUUCGACGAUUGGUUUCAACUUCCAUUGAAGAAGACCGGGCAACUACAUCCAUUAGCCCUUUACAAGGUGGGACUGUGGUCAUUUUCGUCAAGCAAAAGCGUCGCGUCUUUCUGCAAGCUAGCUACAGUGAAAUCCAGCUCCGUUCCGAAAGGUGGCAUAACCUCUUGGAACAUCUCCACAUUCUUCCACCAGCGAUUCAAGGACUUCAUGACAAUAAUGGCGGCCAUGGUAUUUACGUUUCUUCAUGCGUUUCUGGGGGUAUACAUGCUUGUAACCUACCGUUUCCUGCGGAUCAACCUUGUGCAUAUCAUAUUUGGUUCAAGCUGGGGACUUGGAGCAACGCCGAGCACUUCAUCUAUGCACGCUACGAUUUUCAUACAGGCUCCAGUAUCAUUCUAGAUGCCGGAACUGACGGAGAAUUGCACGCAGAGAAGUUGAUCGAAAGAUUGCAAGGGGUACCAAACAUCCACAUCUUCAACGUCAUACUGGCUCUCCUCGCCCUUUGGUUUUACCAGACCGACGACUACCGUUGGCAGCUAGAUUAUGCCACCCAAGCAAUUGAGAGUAAGACCGGAUAUAACGGCUUAGCAUCCCCCACGAUCAAGCCGCUGGCUCCACAAGAACUAACCUUGACAAAGGACAUCGCCCAGGCAGCUGAUCGCAUCCAAGGAACUAUUACCACGGCAACAAAUCUUGCAAAUCUUUUCCAAUUCGCGCAAGAUCAAUGGAAACAAUUCAUUAACACCUUGGAAACCUCUCCAGCGCCACCCAUACCAAUACCAUCUCGAGACAUAGCAGCGCUGAGCAAUGCGCUAUUGCAGCUCCUUAGUCAAGUCACUGCUCAGCUUCAUCAGACGCGAGGCUUGAGGAUCAGGGUUGAGGCCCAAUUCCACAUCAUCAAUUCGCUCAUUGCACAACGUGACAACCAAGCCAACAUUGACCUCGCAUCUGCAGCAUUGAUGGACACCGAGAUCAUGCGCGACAUCAGUCUUGUCACCUACCUCUUCUUGCCAGGGACUUUUCUUGCCGCCUUCUUCAGCAUGGUAUUUUUUGAAAGAGACAGCAACUCGCAUCUCGUUGUCAGCAAGUGGAUCUGGAUCUAUUUCGCAUGCGCAGUGCCGCUGACGCUGGGGCUGGCGUCGCGGUACGUAUGGCGCCAACGGUCGAGACGCGCCAAAUAA